AGCAACUGCCGAAUCCAACCUUUGCCCUACUGUGCAGGCAGAAUAUGUACUCGCCAGAGGGCUGGUUUUUCGGAUUGUGACCGAAACAGAGCAAUGCGACUUUCAAAUUGCCCCUGAUAAUGCAUCGGGUGUGAGCAGCCGGCAUUUCCUGAUCGACAUCGACCCGCAGGAGGCACAACCAAGGAUCACCGUUCAUUCUGCCCGCAACGCGGUUCGCAUCACGACUGGUGGAGAGAGUAUCACUGUCUACCCCAAAGGACAACAGAUACUUCCCGAUUCGGCCACACUAUGCAUAGGACAGCUUUCGUUCUCUGUUUGGACGUCAAGAUUAAUUACGCAGGCGGACAAGGUCAUAUUUCGCAUGCGCACGAACAGCUUCAGCAAAGAGAUCCUCAAUGCCAUACCUCGAAACCCAAGGACUGGAAUCCAUACCCCCGACAUGCGGAUCGCAAACAACGGAGAGACGUACUUGCAAAGAACAAUCAUCGCUGCUGGCGCAUCCGGUUCUGUGCACAAAGUGACAAGAGAGAGCGACGGGGCACUCUACGCUGCAAAAACUGCGCAUUACCGGGCCUCCGACAACGUCGACCAGGUCCGAGCUCGAUACGAGAGGCUCAAGGAGGAGUAUGACACGAUGUCUGAUGUCCAUCAUGCAAACGUCCUCAAAGCUAUCGUUCUUAUUCCAGGUUAUGGCGAGGAACCGGAUUGGCUGAUCAUGGAAUAUAUCAAGCAUGAUCUCUCGACAGCUGAGCUACAAGACGACGACAGACUAAGGGCACUACUUGACAUCGCCAGUGGUCUUGAGUACAUCCACAAGAAGGGCAUUACUCAUCGAGACUUGAACCCCAAGAACAUCCUUGUGUAGAUGGAGGAUGGCGACCCUGGCGGAAAGUUUAAGCGGGCGAAGGUUGCUGAUUUUGGCGCUUCGAAACGCACGCAUGACACAGAGGAGACAAAAGGCGGUGCUGGGGGGUUGUUAAUUGCGAGCUGGGAGUCAAUUAAUAGAUGCUCGAACACCAUCCUGUUC